AUGGAUAAACAUUGGAAAGUAAUUUUGGAAUGUUUAUCUAUCUAUCUAUCUAUCUAUCUAUCUAUCUAUCUAUCUAUCUAUCUAUCUAACACACAAACAAGAGAAUUUCAUAUCUAUCUAUCUAUCUAUCUAUCUAUCUAUCUAUCUAUCUAUCUAUCUAUCUAUCUAUUUCUUCGUUCAUAUCUAUCUAUCUAUCUAUUUCUUCGUUCAUAUCUAUAUAUCUGUCUCAUAGUUCAUAUCUAUCUAUCUAUCUAUCUAUCUAUCUAUCUGAACACUCUUUUAUUCAUUUUUCUUUCUUUAAUCAAAUAUUUCUUUUCGUUUUCGCUUUUCUUUCUUUCAAUCGCUUUUAUUCAUCUUUUCUUUAAUUCCUUCACUAUUUCUUCCUUUCUGAAAUUCAUUCAAUUUUUCUUUCUUUUUUUAUCAUAUUCUUUUUUAGAUUCAUUCAUUCUCUCUUUCUCUAAUCAAUUAACUAUGUUUUCUUUAUUCUUUCAUUCUCUUGCAUUCAUUUUUGUUUCUUUUUUACCCUAUUUGUUUCAUUCUCCCUCACCCUUUUUUUUUGUUCAUUUUUCUUUCUUCCUGACUUUUUCUUUCUUUCUUUCUUUCUUUCUUUCUUUCUUUCUUUCUUUCCGUCAUGCUUUACUCUCUUUCAUUUGUUAUUUUUUUCUUUAUCAUUUCUUUCACCUUCAUAGCCUUUCACCCAACUCAGUUGUUUCUUCUUUUCCUUCCUUCCUUCCUUCCUUCCUUCCUUCCUUCCUUCCUUCCUUCCUUCCUUUCUUCCUAUUAUUUUCUUCCCCUUUUACUUAUUCUCACCAUGUCUUACGCUGUUUCUGA